UAAGAAGAAAUUUGCCUUAACAAAAGUACAAAUCUUAGUUUCUGCGACAAUCUGUUGUUCCUUUUGUUUAUUUUGAGGACGACAAAAGUAUCUGACGUUUUCUACCGUAAAUGUCAGGGAAAUGACAUCGCUUCAAAUUUAUGUGAUUUGUUGUCUGUCGUUUUCUGCGUUUCUUUUCGUGAUCCUUUUUGGACAAAUACCUGCAUUUCAUCAUGGACCAAUUGGUUGGCUAAAUCGGCUUCUGCUGGUACAUAUUCCACAUUUAUUUUCUGUCUUGGAUCAAAACCUGUUUCGUGGCAUAUUGACUCGAGUUUUUCGCCGUGUACACAACUACCUCUGGAAUGAAAGGAAUCCACUGGUCAUUGUUUUCUACCUUACUUUGUUAGUUGCUGGCGCAUAUGCUUUUUUUCACAAUGGCCAGGAAAUCACUUCUCAGUGGGGUUUCUUUACCUGGACGUAUAUCCUAAUUUGUCUCUCGUUACCUUGUAUCUCAUUGUUCCUUGCCUCGACUUCCAAUCCUGGACGCAUAACGGAACAGAACUGGGUUCAAGCUUUUCGCAAGUAUCCAUUCGACAAUUGCAUAUUUUUCCCCCAAACUUGCUCUACAUGCAAAUUUGUGAGACCCGCUCGCUCAAAACAUUGCAGACUUUGUGGCUACUGUGUAAGCCGAUUUGACCAUCAUUGUAUAUGGAUUAAUAAUUGUGUCGGUGAAAAAAAUGCACGUUACUUUCUUUUUUUUCUAUUUAGCACUUGCCAAGGGCUAGUGCAAGGAUGCUUUAUUACAGGAAAAUAUGUUUAUGUACGACGUAACCGUGAUAUUGCCCUUAUACCUUCUCUAUGGAAUUCUAUUCGGCUUCAUCGAGCAAUGGGAUGCAUGUUUUUAAUGAGUUUCCUUAUCUCUCCAAUUGUGAUCGCAUUCUUAGCCUUCGAGUUAUGGUUAAUUUAUACCGGCAUGACUACGAAUGAAUCACAAAAAUGGCAAGAUAUCAAGCAUCUCGUUGAAGAUCGAAAGCUUUACCGUGAAGUGGUAAAUGGUAAACAACGUUUGUAUUUGCUAGAAGAUGCUCCACCUAAUGCAGAACUACUUACCUCUAUGUCACAAGUAGACAAUAUUUACGAUAAAGGUUUCAAACAAAAUCUAUACUCCGUUCUUACAGGUAACUAAUUAGGAUUGAUCCGAUAUCAUGAAUAUGAAUCUAUAAUAUACAUUUGGCUUUUAACGCCAUAUGGAAUUCCUUCCGGUGUUAGUUGAACUCUUUAAGUUCUUGGACGAUAGACAAAUUGGUUGCUGUCUCGGUUUGAGGAGUUUGUUUAGCCGCGUCUUCAGCGUAUUCUAUUUCGUCAAGCAUAUCAUAAAGCACAUCCUCCGCUAUUUGUUCAUCAUAACGUUCACAAAUAGGGCGCACAUUUGGGCCGAUACCAGCUGGAACGUGAGAGAAAUGUGGUCCAAAUUGAAAACUAGCGAUUCCGCCCCCAAACAUACUUAUUGCUGGGAAAUAACCCAGUUGUCCAUCAUCGAAAGACAUAUGAUUUGCAUUGGCGGAAUGAGGUGGUCGGAAAUCGAGCAGAUCACUGAACGCCGUCCCCAUCAAAACACCGUUUUUAUAGACUUUAAUAAAAGAUCCAGGAAUACUGGCUGCAUUCAAUUGUGGUCGCGAAGGCAAGGGCACGAGUAAAUCGUCCAUUGAUUUUGACGGUAUAUAGUCUAAUUGUUCAAAGUAAAGUUGUCCUUUGUAACGAAUGGGAAUACGAUCACGGUACACAGGAAGAUCAACAUUCGC